AUGUCCCCCUCAUGGGACGGGCAUGGCCGCGGCGUGUGCGAUGCCUCAUGUCCCCCUCGGGACGGGCAUGGCCGCAGCGUUUGUGACGCCCCGUGUCCACCUCGGGACAGGCAUGGCCGCGACGUGUGCAAUGCCUCAUGUCCCCCUCAUGGGACGGGCAUGGCCACGGUGUCAGAAAAAGUACCCAUUACCGGGGCUUCUACACGUUUCAAGUACAAAUUUUAUGUACAUAAGUUCAGAAAGUGUGUUCUAAUUUUAGACACACUAUCAUCUUUCAGGAGCAGAAUUAUGCUGAAGCAGGAAAGGCGAAAGCAAAAGGAAUUCUUUGAAAAGAAGAAACUUAAAUCAAAGAUGAAGCUUCUGGAAGUAUCAUCAUCUCCUAAAAGUUCUGCAGUGAGUUUAGAUCUCCUCAAUCUAUAUGUUGUUAAUCAGAUAUCAACCAAAAAGGACGAUGCUGAGAGCGUGAGGAAACCAAUCCACAUUGAUAUGACUGGAGGCAUAAAAAUACCUGUUAGAAGACACAACAUAGAACUUCCCAUGUCACCGCCACGUGUACAAUAUACAUCAAAUUUAGAUGACAUCCAGAACAGGUUACAAAAACAAGUAUUGGACAGCAGAAGACAACAUCUUUCAGAGAAAGUGAAAUACCAGCAUAAUUUUUCACAAGUUACAGAAUUAACCUAUGCUGACUCUAGUAUGGAACAUGAAGAUAACUCUGCAACAGCCUUUAGUGCCUGUCCAUCAUCCUCUUCAGUUUUUUGGUCUUCUAACUGUACACAAUCUUCAAAAGAAAAUUUCAACACAAAUUUAAUGUGGAACCCUUGGGAACAGUCCUAUGAAGAGAAGCAGGAAAAACAGGCAGGAAAUAUUUCUGAUCAAGGCCCUUGGAUUUCAAAACCCCCAAGCCAGUGCAUUUUCAGGAAGUCUGAUACAGUGCCUCAGGAACUGUUUAAGCCAUUGAAUAGGCCAGACUAUAUGAAUUCUGCCAGCAAAAAUCCAGUGAUAAUGACCAAUAAAGAACCAGAAAGUAACAAAAGAAUAAAUGAGCCAUUUUUUGGUGUUGUGAAAGAAACUGCAGAACUGACGCAUACCCAAGAUGAGCAUGAUUGUUCCUUUCUGGCAAUGUUUGAAGAUGAGAGCCAGCCAGUCCAUAAUAGUCUCUCCACAAAGCAUUUUAAUCCUUUUGUUAUUCAAAGUAGUCCUGCCAAUUUUUUCAUUAAUCCUGAUGACAGAAAUCAAACGACCAACAGAAGUUUUACUUAUGAUACUGGAGAGGUACAUCCUGCAAUUAGUGCAAAAAGGGGUUCUGUAGACAGACACCUUAAAGGCAUUUUCACAGCCCCAGAACAAGUUUUAUUGAAAAGUAACAAUGUCUCAAGAGCAGGCUAUGAGGAAACCAGAGAACCUCAGAAAAGCUACCUGCAGAACUAUCACAAGAGACAAUACUACUUUGUACCCUGUGAAAACAAAGAAAAACCUGCAAAAUUUGAAAAAAAUGAGGCAUUUACUUAUCACCAUGAUCAGCAGAUUAACUUAAAGGAAAAUGUGCAGAACCACUCAAGAAAAAAGAGUGACAGCUCAAAUGGGAAAGAAUCAGCUUGGAGACAGGACCAGCUCUUUGGCUUUGAAGAGUUUGCAACAGCACCAGAAAAAGAAUAUAAGUUUGGAGUGCGUCCAAAUCUUCAUGAGCUGGAGAAGGACAUCGAGUCAUCACUGAGCAGUCAGUCUCCCAGUUACUCUCCUAGGCAGACGGACAGCUGUUUCAGCUCUAGUCCUGACAUGUCUGAAGAGGAAGACACAGCUAACAAGAAGGAAUUUCUCAAUGAACAAUCCUUCCAGAUAGGUGAGGCCAAUCUAACCUCAGCCUCAGCAAGCACAGAGCCCCUCAAGACCUCUCGGAUUGGAGCAGUGCCGCUCCAUCUCAGCAGGAGUUUGACCAUGGAAGAAUCCAACCAUCUUCAACAUAAACACUCUAUUUCACCAGCCACAGAGGAGGAAAAUAAGGAACACCCUGCUCCACCUGAGAGCAGCUCAUUACAACAAGCCCUGAAAAGAGAGCAGGUCGCUCACAGUACAAGGGCUGAUGUUUGGUCGCAGACAGAAAGCUCUGUUACAGAAGCAAGAAAAGUGGAUGUCGCUACCCAGUGUGACACCUUGCAGACAUGCAGCUGCAGGAGCUCCUGCCCCUGUGCCCGCAGCGCCGAGGUGCUCCCUCCCCUCAGUACCGCAGGCACCGCUGGAGGGCACAAAAUGCCAGGACAUGCAGCUUUCCAGCCUGCAGGCACAGGCAGCGCAGCAGGAAUAGCAGCAUUUUCUUCUGAAGCUGAGUAUCUCAGUCUGGCUGACAGUACGACCCUAGAGGUUCUGAACUACAUCCAUAUAACGAAGGAGAGAGAAAAACAAUGACUAA